AUGGUGGCUGUCCAGGCGAUAACGAUCAUCAACUCAUCUGGGAAGAUUGUAAAGACAACCAAGACCCUUGGCAGUCUGUUUAACGAGGCGAAAGCUGCGUACAACGAGAAGAAGGCCGAGAUCAAGGCGCUACGAAGGGAUGAUUUGAACAGUAAAGAGCAAGAGCGGAAGGCAACGAAGAGGCUAGACGCGCUUACACUUGAGGAUGACGAGGUGUCGAGGACAAGCUCACGACGUGGCUCGAGAGAUCGGCAGGGUGGUCGACGAUCUCCUCCCGGGCAGAGUGAGAGGCCAGCGUUGGAGCGAGGCUAUACAGAUACGUUCUACACGAAUGACAUCGUGGCCACUCGUUCACGACCGUCCCCUUUACGGCAAGGCUCGUCAGAAUCAUGGCGUGAGCCAGGACCACGAAUCGGCGAGCUCACGCGCCGACAUACUACCGACCUCGAGCGCAUGCAUCGCCAUCGACCUUCCACGCCCACACGGAGCGCCAGCUUGGAUGAUAUAGAUAUGGACUUGGCAUACGGCGAGCUGCCUCCACCGCUACCGGAGCGCAAGUAUGACGACGAGGUCGCACUUCGCUCCAAGAUGAGCGGCCUGCAGCGUAUGCUGGACGAAGCAAACUGCAUGCAGCAUUCCGUAACAGCCAUCAUCGACAAUCUACAAAAGAAUCCAGAAGCUCUAGCCGCGGUCGCUCUUACACUUGGCGAAAUCAGCAACCUCGCCACAAAGCUCGCACCAGGCGCACUGAUGUCAAUGAAGGGUUCAUUUCCUGCCAUCUUGGCUCUACUCGCCAGCCCACAGUUCGCCAUAGCCGUGGGGGUAGGUGUUGGUGUCACAAUCAUUGCAUUCGGCGGCUACAAGAUCAUCAAGAAGAUCAAGGCGAACAAGGAGGAGGCUCGCCUGCUCGCCGAAGGACCACAAGCGUAUCGCGCACUAGCGGAGGAGCCGUCGACACCACCCAAUGAGAUGGAAGAACUUCGCGAGAUUUCCUCCAUUGAGAGAUGGCGUCGUGGUAUCUCGGAUGCCGAUGAAGGCAGUAUGGGCACGAGUGUAGAAGGAGAGUUCAUCACACCUGUUGCCACAAGAACAUUGAUCGAGGAAGGCCGACUGACGGAAGCCGAUCUCAAAUCCACGACCAGCAAAGAUGGGAAGAAGCGGCGGAAGAAGUCGAAGAGCGAAGUCUCCGGCAGCAGUAAAAGCGGCAAGAGCAAAAGCAAGACGGGCGAGAAGGCGAAGAAGAAGAAGGAGCCUUCUGGAUUGAGGAUGCUGUUCAAGACUCAUGCUUGA